GUAUUCUUUUCUUAUUUAUUUAUGUGUAUUUUGUUGAUCCUAAAUACUUUAAAUGAGAUUGUUAAAUGUUAGUUGAGUGGUUGAGUAUCAUCUAGCUGAAUUUAUAAACAAUGCAUUUUAUUGAUUUAAAAGUGAUAUACUUCUCAUUUUGCCACUUCUAGAAAGAGUGAAUUGACAAAAGAAACAAGAAAAAACAAAAUUUUCCUUCUAGAAAAAAGGUUUAGUGCACAUGAGUCUUCCACUUCCCAACAUCUAUAAUAAUCUAUUUAUAAAAGCAAUGAUGUAUAGACUAGUGGAGAUUGGAUUAGUCCAGCUGUCUGAGUGACAAAAUUUAACAAAUAAAUAAACUUUAUUGUACACAAAUUUUGAGCAAUCGAUAUGGAUUUGUUAUUACAGCUGGCCAGAUGGGAAAAUCUAUGAACAUAGAAGCUUAUAAUAUAUAUGUCUUAGGUUUUUGUCUUUCACUAAGUGACUACUAAUAGUCAAACCAUAAGGCACUUUUUAUAUACAUCAUAAUAACAAGGGUUCUUUUGUCCAUUUGUCUGAUUAUAUGCAUAGAAGGGAAAACAUUGGUUAUGCCUACAUGUAUUUUUAAAGAGAGGGUGGUUACAUGAACAAAGCAAGCUGCAGCAGCAUUGCUACAACAUCCAAUUCCAUUUUAGUGUAUAUCUCUUCGUCUAUUUCCAGCCCUUCCAAAACCAAGUUCCUUCCAUCACUCUCUAGAUUUUCUGUUGGACGCUCGUGCUUCUUCCCCCAAACUCGUUCACAUAUUACCGUCAAACCCUCCAUGAACCUGUUGAACAGACUUGGAUUUGGUAGCACAAGGGCACCAGAGAACAUGGAUUCGACAAUUCCUCAGGGACCGGAUGAUGACAUCCCGGCACCAGGGCAGCAGUUUGCCCAGUUUGGCGCUGGCUGCUUCUGGGGUAUCGAAUUGGCCUUCCAAAGAGUGCCUGGGGUAUCCAAGACUGAGGUUGGUUACACACAAGGGUUUUUGCAUAACCCGACCUAUGAGGAUGUGUGUUCAGGGACCACAAACCACUCAGAAGUUGUAAGGGUCCAAUAUGAUCCGAAAGAAUGCAACUUCGACACUUUGCUUGAUGUGUUCUGGGAUAAACAUGAUCCUACUACACCAAAUCGACAGGGAAAUGAUGUUGGAACACAGUACAGAUCCGGAAUAUACUUCUACACUCCCGAACAAGAGAAGGCGGCCAAGGAAUCUUUGGAGCAACGGCAGAAGCAGUUGAACAGGAAGAUUGUUACCGAGAUCCUUCCUGCCAAGAAGUUCUACCGCGCAGAAGAGUACCAUCAGCAGUACCUUGCAAAAGGCGGUCGAUUUGGUUUCAAGCAAUCAGCUGCCAAAGGAUGCAACGACCCGAUUCGAUGCUAUGGUUAAAGUGUUGAGUGAAUAACAGUCACAGUUUAAUAGAUGUUAAAAGCUCAUAGUUUGUUUGGUAAGUAUUUUGUUAAUAUUAUGUCAACAUAGCUUGUUCACACUGUUUUUGUAAGUUGAAGAUUGAGAUAGCUAUAAUUUGAGCUUUAGAGUUGUAUAUCU